AUGACACUCAGCCAAGGCUGUUCCUCUGGGACACCUUUUGACAGGGUGCGGGUCCUCGCCCCUGUGCUAGUGGGACCUUCGUCGUUCUGUGGAAACAGUCUGACCCCAGAGGCCAAAGGGUGCGCGUCCCUUCGAGCCGUGGUCUGCCUGUCCCCUAGGCACCAGCUGUUCUGCAGACUCACCCUGCGGCACAUCAACAAGGCCCCCGAGCACGUGCUGAGGCACACCCAGGGCCGGCGGUACCAGAGAGCUUUGCGGGAAUAUGAGAAGUGUCAGGAGCAGGGCGUGGAGUACAUUCCCGUCAGCCUCCGGCACAGGAGGAGGGGGCGGGGAGACCAGCUGCGCGGCGCCGGGCCACCUCGCCGGGGACAAGCCUUCUGGGAACCCUCGUCCAGUGAGGAGGGCGCAGCUGCAAGCGACAGUGAGGACAGCAUGACAGACCUGUACCCGCGUGAGUGGGACCGCCCCUGGGGGUCCGGUCUGCAGCAGGCAGGCUCGGGCCUCCUCCCC